UCAUCGACUCCUCUAGGACUUAAAGAAGAAGAAAAUAUGGUAUCUGCUGUGUUUCAGAUGCUGGGCGCAGCCCUAGGCAUCAUUGGCUGGAUCGUGGUCAUCGUGGUCUGUGCCCUGCCUCAAUGGAAGGUCACAGCCUUCAUCGGCGAGAACAUCAUGACACAAAACUUAUUGGAGGGAAUGUGGAAGGUCUGUGUGAUCCAGAGUAGAGGUCAGAUACAGUGUACGGUCUACGACUCCAUGCUGGAUCCACCCCAGCACCUCCAUGCCGCUCGUGACCCCAUCAUCUCUAUCAUGAUGGUGGGCAUCCUGCUCGCCGUGGUCCGGGGGAAAUGCACCAACUGCGUGGAGGAUGAGAGGGCCAAAUCCGGAAUAGGCGUUGGCAAGGGUCUAGUCAUCAUCGCUGUCGUCCUGUGCCUCAUCGCUUUUUGCUGGUCGGCCAACACCAUCAUCAAGGACCCCUUGCAGACAAGGUCUCAGAAGAUGGAACUAUUCAAGAUGGUUUCCCAGGGGAUCCAGAUCAUGGGCAUCAUCAUGUCGUUGAUCGGCUGGUUGAUGGUCAUCAUCGUGUGUGCCCUGCCUAUGUGGAAGGUCACAGCCUUCAUCGGAGCCAACAUCGUCACGGCCCAAACAAUCUGGGAGGGAAUGUGGAUGAACUGUGUUGUGCAGAGCACGGGCCAGAUGCAGUGUAAGGUCUACGACUCCAUGCUGGCACUACCCCAGGACCUCCAGGCCGCCAGAGCCAUGAUCAUCAUCUCCAUCCUGACAGGUAUCGUCGGCAUCUGCUUGUCGAUUGCAGGAGGUAAAUGCACCAACUGCAUAGCAGAAGAGGGAUCCAAGUCUAGAGCCUGUAUUGUGGCUGGAGUCCUCUACAUCAUCUCAGGCAUCCUCUGCCUCAUCCCAGUGUCCUGGUCAGCCAACACCAUCAUCAGGGAUUUCUACAACCCCCUGCUGAUCGAGGCCCAGAGGAGGGAGCUGGGGGCGUCUCUGUAUAUGGGCUGGGGUGCUGCAGCACUGCUGCUGAUGGGAGGGGGGCUGCUGUGCUGGAACUGUCCCCCCAAGCAGGACCACCACUAUCCGGCCAAGUUCUCUCAGGUCAGAUCCACCUCCUCCGGACCCAUGCAAUAUGUCUGAGAUGUUCAUGUCAGUGUCAUGUUAAGAUCUACUUAAUCAAAUUGAAUUUAAAUGUGGACACUAAGGACAGUUCUCAUUCCAAAAACUGUG